GUGUCAUUUCUCCACAUGGCACCGCGUUUUCCAUGUUUCACCAUUGGCGACGGCCUUUACCAGUCUUCGCCAUAGUCUCUCACUCUCUCUCCUUUCAACCAUUUCGACUCUACUUGGUCAGAUAUUUUCUUCCGCACCAAAGUCCUCUCCCUCCGAGCACAUCUUGCUCGAAUUUUCUUGGCUACUGAUUGUUCCAUCUUCAAGUCGCAGAGAGAUAAUCCUCUUGUUAUUUGAUUUUUUAUUUUCUUUUUAAUUUCUAUUUUAUUAGGAUUCCUUUUGGAAGGUUAGAAUCUUAGAGAAACGGGAGCACAUGGUACUUGGAUUUCUGUGAUUAAAUUCACGUGAAUACAGUUAAGAGGGAGAAAACAGGGAGGGAGAGCUUCUUGUAUCUUUUUUUUUCCAAUAUUUUUUUGCGGGGUUUCAGUCUCUACAAAAACCCUAGUUUGGACGUUAAUGGGUCGAGAAUGAAAUGCAUCACCUGCCUCGACUCUUCGAUUAUAGCAAGAGAUCCAAAGGGAUGUUUCCAAAGCAGAAGCCACGGAAGCCCAAGCUCGAGCGUCGCAAUGCCUUGAGGCACAUCGACUACGACGCCUCCGCUUCGUCGUCGUCGUCGUCGUUCGAUGACUCCUUGGCUCUCCAUACUCAAUCGUUGGAUCUGUCGGACCGAAGCAGCUUCCGAAUUCAUGGAACAGAAGGGGAAGUUGACGAGAUUUGCCGGAGUUUAGGGCUUUCGGGACCGGACGAAUUAUCGAUUCCGGAGGCGGCGUGGGAGGCGUGGAAGGUUCGAUCGAAUUCGGAUGUUUUGCCGAGGACGAGAUUUAACAGAUUGCAUAGUUCCAAGAGAAAGGAAUCGGAAGUGAAGGUGGAUGAUGGGGUGGUAGAUGAUUUGGCAGAUGGGUUUGAGGAUAGUGUUAGCUGUAGUGAUGCAAUCGGGAGACGGAGAGAGACUUCCGAGCUGAGUAGUUCUAGGAUUGUUGGUGGUGUUGGCGGCUGUGGCGGAGGAAUUAAGGGUGUUAGGCCUCCUUUUCUUUCACCGCCGCCUUUAAUGUCGCUUCCUGUGAUUAGUGACGGGUGUUCCACUUGGGAUAUUUUGAAAUCUUUUGGGCCGGAUGCUGAUGGGGGUUCUUCUGUUGUGGUAGAAGGAGGGUCUAGUUCCGAGGACGACGAAUUUGAUGCGGCACUUGUUAAGGGAGAGGACGUGAAUGGGUUGAGGAACGACGAGAUUGCUCUUCUAUCCGAGUCAUAUUCAUUUACCACUACGUCCAAUGAUGAUGACUCCUCAAGCACUACCACGGAGCUCAUGUCAAACAUCUCGCCAAAUGGCAGCUUGAGACCCAGUUUCACAAAUUGGAUGAAGGGUGCGUUGCUGGGAAGUGGAUCCUUUGGAACGGUGUAUGAAGGGAUGUCCGAGGAUGGAAUUUUUUUUGCUGUAAAGGAAGUUUCAUUGCUUGAUCAAGGAAGCCAGGGCAAGCAAAGUCUUUACCAACUUGAGCAGGAAAUUGAUCUUUUAAGUCAAUUUCAACAUGAGAACAUAGUUCAAUAUCAUGGCACAGCUAAGGAUGAAUCAAAGCUCUAUAUCUUUCUUGAACUUGUAACUAAAGGAUCACUUGCAAGUCUCUAUCACAGAUAUAAUCUUGGAGAUUCCCAAGCCUCAGCAUACACAAGACAAAUUCUGCAUGGUUUGAAUUAUCUUCAUGAGCGAAAUGUGAUUCACAGGGACAUCAAAUGUGCAAACAUAUUGGUGGGUGCCAAUGGGUCUGUGAAACUUUCAGAUUUUGGGUUGGCAAAGGCAACCCAAUUGAAUGAUGCUAAAUCUUGCAAGGGAACUCCAUUUUGGAUGGCCCCCGAGGUUGUCAAUGGGAAGGGCCAAGGGUACGGGCUUGCAGCUGAUAUUUGGAGCCUCGGGUGCACCGUGUUAGAAAUGCUAACCCGUGAGGUUCCAUACUCUCAUUUGGAAUCUAUGCAGGCUUUGUUUAGGAUUGGAAAGGGUGAGCCACCACCUGUUCCUGACUCUCUCUCCCCAGAUGCACGGGAUUUUAUCCUUAAAUGCCUUCAAGUUAUUCCAGAUGAUCGUCCCACAGCAGCUCAGCUCUUAAACCAUCAAUUUGUGAAGAGGCCACCACCCACUUCUUCAGGCUCAGCAUCGCCUCUCUAUCAUGGAAGACGGUCUUAAAGUUUUCUUCGGUUUGAACAGUAAAUAUAAUGAGCUCCAUCCAUAAAUAUGGAGAAACCUUUCAUGUGGAUCAUUGGGUUUUGCCGUCAUUGAUAUUUGCUUCCACGGUACACACUCAAAGGCAGCAGGAUCUUUGAACUAGAAUGAUCCUGAAGCGUUUCAAGGAUUUGAUAUUUACUCAUAACUGGGGGAGUGAACAAGCAUUCUUUGAUGACGGUGCCCCUCUCCAAAAUUCUCCACACUAGAGAGCAAACUGCAUUCGAAUUGCCAGUCAUGGGAAAUUUAUUGUUUGGCAGCAACAGUUUGGUGUCUAAUAUUGAGAGACUGUUUUCCUUCACAUUGUAUUUGUAUAUAUAUUUAUUUAUAGAUGUAAUAUUCUUUUUGUUUUUUGAAAGAAGAGUCUUAUAUUAGGUGUUUGUAUAUACCUACAUAUUUGACCCUAAAAAAAAAUAAUUCUGAGUUAAUAAUAUUUAGAUGUUGGUUAA